AGUUUUCCGGUGGAAAAGGGAACUGUUUGUUUCCGGGAUUGCUGGAUCUGAAUGUGUGACGGUGAAAGCGCUCCGGGUCAAAAGCCUGUCGGUGCCGUUUCAGUCAGAUUUCUGAGGAUUGUUCUGUUCGGCUCUUUGGGUUUUUGAAAGGAGGAUUACUGGCUGAGCGGAAAACGUGUCGUCCUUCUAUUUGACCUUCCGUGGAUACCUCUGACGCCUCUGCCUGUCCGUCUCCAUUUCCACCUUCACCGUGGUCAGAAGGUGCUCUUAGAUCCCGCUCUGGUGUUCCUGUCCGGAUCUGAGGCACAGCUGCGGGUCUCUCAUGAGCUCCGACCCGCACCUGCGGGGCCGGCGGGCCGCCUGAUCCCGCCGCAGUGGCUGUCGCCCCCGGCAGAGCAGGAUGGAGGAUCCCAGGAACCAGUCCUGUCUGGCCGCGGCGACAGACACCGUCUCCUUCCUGGUGUGCCUGUUCCGUGUGUGGGAGGAGUGGGCAGGCCUGGAUGAAGUGGAGGAUUACCUGAGUGUUCUGGAGUACCUGCUGUGGGUCUUCACUCCUCUGGCUGUCGUCUUCAUCUUGCCGUUCCUCAUAGUCAUCCUCCUCUACCUCUCCAUACUGUUCCUCCACGUCUAUAAGAGGAAGAACCAGCUGAGGGAGGCGUACUGUAAUAACCUGUGGGAUGGAGCCAGGAAGACCCUGGCCACUCUGUGGGAUGGACAUGGGGCCAUAUGGCACGGCUACGAGAUCCACGGCAUGGAGAAGAUCCCGGAGCAGGGGCCGGCCCUGAUCGUCUACUACCACGGAGCCAUCCCCAUCGACUACUACUACUUCCUGGCCAGAGUCAUCAUCCAGAAAGGACGGACCUGCCACUCUGUGGCCGACCACUUCCUCUUCAAGAUCCCAGGUUUCAAGCUGCUGCUGGAGGUGUUCAGCGUGAUCCACGGUCCUCAGGAGGAGUGUGUGCGUGCUCUCAGGAACGGUCACCUGCUGGGGAUUUCUCCUGGAGGAGUGCGAGAAGCUCUGUUCAGUGACGAGACCUACCCUCUUCUGUGGAGCAAACGCAAAGGCUUCGCACAGGUUGCCAUCGACUCUCAGGUGCCAGUGAUUCCCAUGUUUACGCAGAACGUUCGUGAAGGCUUCAGAUCUCUGGGAACUCUGAGAUUGUUCCGCUGGCUGUAUGAACGGUUCCGUCUCCCCGUAGCUCCUGUUUAUGGUGGGUUUCCAGUGAAAUUCCGAACAUUCCUUGGUGAUCCCAUUCCAUACGAUCCCAACAUGAGCGCUGCAGAACUGGCAGAGAGAGUGAAGCUCGCUGUCCAGUCACUGAUCGAUGAGCACCAGCAGAUUCCCGGGAGCAUCCUCAGAGCCCUGUUAGAGCGAUUCUACAGUAAACACAAAGCACCUUAAGGCCAGUGGCCCUCUGUGACCUGGACUCUAGAGCCGGCGGCGCCGCUCAUGAUGGAUGAUGGUCGCGGUACCUGAGGCUCCCUCCUUCCCUCCACUUUGUGGUUUUUAUUGCACAUUUGUUUUUGUAACAUUGUUGUGCUCAUCUGCUCAUUCCCGGGAGCGUUCCUGACAGGAGUCACAUGUCAGCGCGGGGGGGAGAGGGAAAAAUCCUUUACAGAUUUGGGGCACACUCUUGCACAAACCACUGUGUCCUUAAGUGUAACUGAUUAUUGUCCAAUUUAUUUAUGUCAGAGAAAUAGAUGUUCUUUAAUCAAUAAAUGUACAUUUUUGAUUCAUUGGAA